GAACUGUAGAGGUAGAACAUUGUCAGAACAGGUUCUACUGCUAGAAGCUGUCCUUGAAGCAGUUCUGGUGUCUUGUCUCUCCAGGAGCGACAAGAAGCACUUGCAGCUAGGAAACUCGGAAUUUUAGCACAUCUUUGCACAUCCGAGAGUGCUAGCUAACCCAAAAUGGCUGCCACCGCCGUCCGAAGUCUGUCGGUCCCUGCAGCCGUGUCUGCAGCGUCCAGCGAUGCCGCAUCCCGGAAGGCUUUCUCCGGCGAGAAAGUUGCGGGCUUUGCGCAGUCGGGGCUGAAAGGCAAGGCCUUGAGAUGCGAGUCUAAGAAGGUCGCGGUGCGCGCCGCCAAGAAGGCCGCCGUUUCCGCCGUUCUCGCGGAAGCCGCGCCGCAGCAGUCUGCGGCGAGGACAAAGCGCGCCGAUCCGAAGUCCGUUGUCGCGGUGAUUCUCGGUGGAGGUGCCGGCACGCGCCUCUUCCCCCUCACCAAGACCCGCGCCAAGCCGGCGGUUCCUAUCGGCGGCGCGUACCGUUUGAUCGACGUGCCGAUGAGCAACUGCAUCAACAGCGGCAUCAACAAGGUGUACAUUCUCACGCAGUUCAACUCCGCCUCGCUCAACCGUCACUUGGCCAGGACCUACAACUUCGGUAACGGCGUCAACUUCGGCGACGGAUUCGUCGAGGCUCUUGCGGCGACCCAGACUCCCGCGACUGGCUCCAACUGGUUCCAAGGGACUGCCGACGCCGUCAGGCAGUUCUCCUGGCUGUUCGAGGAUGUGAAGAACAAGCACGUGGAGGAUGUUGUCAUUCUGUCCGGCGAUCAUCUCUACCGCAUGGACUACAUGGACUUCGUCCAGAAGCACAAGGACACCAAUGCCGACAUCACCAUCUCCGUGCUGCCCAUGGACGACAGCCGCGCGUCCGACUUCGGUCUGAUGAAGAUCGACGAGUCUGGUCGCGUCGUCAGCUUCGCGGAGAAGCCCAAGGGCGCCGACCUCAAGGCCAUGGAGGUGGACACGUCGAUCCUCGGCAUUUCCAAGGAGGAGGCGGCCAAGUUCCCCUACAUCGCAUCCAUGGGCAUCUACGUCUUCAAGAAGGACAUCCUGCUCAAGCUGCUCAGGUGGCGCUUCCCCACGUCCAACGACUUCGGCGGCGAGAUCAUCCCCGCCUCCGCUGCUGAGUACAACGUGCAGGCGUACCUGUUCGGCGGGUACUGGGAGGACAUUGGGACCAUCAAGUCCUUCUUCGACGCCAACCUUAACCUCACCGACACUGACGCCAAGUUCAGGUUCUACGACGCGUCCAAGCCCAUCUACACGUCCCCGCGCUACCUGCCUCCCACGCAGAUCGAGCGCUGCCAGGUGAAGCGGUCGAUCAUCUCGCACGGGUGCUUCCUGCGCGACUGCACUGUGGACCACUGCAUCGUCGGCAUCCGUUCCAGACUCGAGAACGGCGUCAUCCUCAAGGACACCAUGGUGGUGGGAGCUGACUUCUACGAGACCGAUGCGGAGAGGGCAGCGCUGCUCGCCGCGGGCAAGGUGCCCGUGGGCAUUGGCGCAAACUCGAUAAUCAGCAAUGCCAUUGUGGACAAGAACGCACGCAUUGGACAGAACGUCAUCCUCGAGAACAAGGACCAUGUGGUCGAGGCGGAUCGGUCAACGGAGGGCUUCUACAUCCGCUCGGGCAUCACAGUGGUGCUCAAGAAUGCCACCAUCGCCGAUGGCACCGUUGUUUAAGCAGCCUUUUUGGGUACCUUACUACCUAGCUGUUCGAAGCAACCAUUCUCAGAGGAAGAAUGGUUCUUGCUUGGGAUGAUUUGAUUGUGUGUGCAAGUGUAAAACCGGUUUUGUAUGAAUUUGGAAAGCUUAGUAAAGAAUGGUUACACCCAAAUAACUAGAUAAACCUGUAUGGUCGUCAUGUAGACUUCGACCAUCUCCAUCAGAAUCAUAUAUCUCAACGUGCAAACCGAUUACAGU